ACAUACGAGGAUAUAAAUAUAUUCUCAUGCAAAAUUAAUUUACUGGAUCUACAUAGAAAGUUACUGGGUACAUUUAGAAAGACCUAAAUGAAAAGUAGCACCCACCCUAGCUUUCAAAAUAGAAAAAGAAAAGUAGCACCCACAUGGUACGUUGGCACCAUCUUUCAGCCUUAUUUUAUGCAAUGGAGGUAACUACUAAGAAGCAUCUUUGCACAUAGAAGAACAUUUGUUUUGUUUUCCAUCGAAAACAUCGACUGGUUUGAGAGGGAGAGAGAAGAGGAGAAAGAAGAUCAGAAAUAUGGCUGACGCUGUUGUUUCAGUUGUGGCCGAAGGGAUCAAGCUGCUCGGAGACUACAUCCUACAGCAAGCAAAAUCCUUGAGUGGAGUCAGCUAUCAAGUUAGGCUUGCACAAGUCGAGCUACACUUGAUGCGUGGCUUCCUGAAAGAUGCAGAUUCAAGAUCUGGAGAAGAUGAAGUUGUACGCAUUUGGGUAGAACUCAUUAGAGAUGCUGCUUAUGAUUUGGAAGAUGUCAUAGAAUCUUUCGCUUUAAAAUUAGCUUACAGGAGAAGAGGAGGUACUGUGAAGAUUGCUCUUAAAAGGUUUGCCUGCAUUUUUAGUGAAGGAGUUGAUCUUCACAAGAUUGGGUCGGAAAUUGAGGAUAUUAUGACCACACUUUCUCAUUUGAGGUCGAGUUUGCAAAGUUAUAACAUAAGACAAGUAAGUGGGGGUGAAAGUGUGGCUUCUGCUUUUAAGAGGCAACGAGAUAGGAGGCUAACUUAUGCUCAUGAAGUUGAAAGUUAUAUUGUUGGGUUGGAGGAAAACACGAAAAGACUGGUGAAAGAGUUGUUAAGAGACGGAAAGCGUCACCGUGUUGUUUCUAUUUGGGGGAUGGGCGGCUCUGGAAAAACCACUCUUGCAAAACAGGUUUUUCUUCAAAAUGAAGUUAAGCGCCAUUUUGAUUGUUUUGCUUGGGUCUGCAUAUCUCAACAAUGGGAAGGAAAGGAUGUAUUGGAAGAGAUUUUAAUUAAACUCACUUCCCCAGCAACAGAGAAAAGGAAAGAAAUUUCCAAAAUGAAAAAGGAUGAAAUAGCAAGGGAGGUCUGUAGUAUCCAAAGAGAAAAGAGAUGUCUGGUGGUCCUUGAUGACAUAUGGACUCAAGAGGCUUGGAAUUCGAUAAAAGCUGGAUUCCCAAUCAAUGAGGAAACAGAAAGCCGGAUAUUACUCACUUCUCGGAAGAAAGAAGUCGCCUUGCUUGCAUCCAGAAAUGACUAUCUCCACCAGCCUCAACCUCUAAAUGAUAUGCAAAGCUGGGAACUGUUUGAAAAGAUAGCCAUCUGUGGAAGCGACAAAACAGACUUGCAAAUUUAUGCAAAGAAGAGAGAAUUAGGAGAGAAGAUGCUUAUACAUUGUUCAGGUCUACCAUUAGCCAUCAGUGUGCUCGCUGGUCUUCUUAGUAGACGAGAGACGGUUGAUGAGUGGAACACAGUACUUGGAAAUGUUAAUGUAUACAUAAUGAGAGGCACAAAUGUCCUUGAAAGAGAAAAGACAAGUCAGGAGUGUGGUGUUUCAGGUGUCUUGGCAUUGAGUUAUGAUGACUUACCAUCCCACUUAAAACUCUGCUUUCUGUAUUUAGCCCAAUAUCCUGAGGAUCAUGAGAUACAGGUAACAAGAUUGACUCAAUUAUGGAUUGCAGAAGGGUUUAUACCUUCAACAUCGGAAAUACAUGGUUCAAUUGAAUUAAUGGAAGAUGUAUCAUAUGGUUGCCUAACUGAACUGGUGCAGAGAUCUAUGGUUCAAGUUGGAAAAUAUGGUUUUAGUGGGAAGGUGAAAAGUUGCCGUCUCCAUGAUCUGAUGCGGGACUUGUGCUUGCAAAAGGCAAAAGAGGAGAACUUUCUUGGUAUUGUCAACUUUUCUGUGGGUCCGGUAUCUUAUGCAACACUGAUUGGUAAGGUUCGAAGACUUGCCCUCUAUUUGGAUAGAAAUGUUAAAUAUGAGUUCAGUAGUAAGGAUGGAAGAGAUUGCCACAUUAGGUCUCUAUUAUACUUUGCCCCAGGAGAGUUCAACCAAAAGUGGAACAAAAGAAUAAUACGAUCAGUAUUCAAUGACUUCAAUUUGAUUAGAGUCUUGAAGUUUGAAAAUAUAUGUAGGGAGUUUGAGUUACCAAAGACGAUUGGGAAUCUAGUCCACCUGAGGUUUCUGAGUCUGAAGAACAGUAGAUUUCGUUCGUUGCCAUCAUCUGUAUCUAAUCUGGUACUUUUGCAAACUCUAGAUCUGCGGGGUAAAUAUUUAGAAGAUGGAUCUUGUUUUGGGAUUGAGUGGGACAGGGAUACCAAAAUCAGAAAUGUGUUUUGGAAUAUGGAGCAACUGAGGCAUUUGUAUUUACCUCGUUGGUACAGUGUGAGGGGAAAACUGUCAUUUGCAAGGUUGUUCAAUUUGCAGACGUUGGACAAUGUUUCAAUUGAGAAAUGUGAUCUGAAUGAUCUUGUUCACUUAAGCAAUCUGAAGAAACUACGCAUAAGGCCGUUACGGUCUCGGCGGGCAGGUCGAACAACAUUGAAGGAUGACCAGAUUAAAAUACUGGAGAAGCUGCCCAAGUUGAGGGUGCUUGACCUCGAUGGGCUUUCUUUCGAAUCAGAAACAUUGGUUUUCUCCCAAGGAGGCUUUCCUCAUCUGGAAUUUCUUACCCUUGGAUGGUUGGAUGAUUUUAAGGAGUGGAGGGUGGAGAAAGAAGCCAUGCCUAGUCUUCAGAGAUUGCGCAUUGAAAGGUGCGAAGAAUUGCGGGCAGUUCCAGAUGGGCUUCAGGAGAUUACUACCCUCAAGGAAUUAACAAUUGACCGGAUGCCCAGUAGAUUCUGCAGUAGGGUUGGGGAAGGAGGAGAGGAUUGCUACAAAAUCAAACACGUGCCUUCUCUUAUAAUCGAUGGGACGCGCGUCCCAAGUAGUAGUUACGGGCAUCAGGAAUUAACUGUAGAUGCUCCUCCUCCUGAUGAGGAAACAGAGGAAAUUCGAGUUGCAUCCCCUCCUAACGUCCUUAGUUAAAUCCACAAGCUGUUGGUUUAUCGAUAUUUGGGGUAGCCCGUUCUAUGUUCUUUGGGCUUUAUCCGAUACCCUAUCCUAUCUGCCCGCCUAUAAUUCUUCAUUGGACGCCCUUUCCCUCUCUCUUCCUCAUUCCUCCCUGCUUCACACAGACCAGUGGAAUUUAGCUUAGACUUAGACUCUGUUGUGUGCUAGCUUUCAAUGGUAGCUAAAGCUAAAGGAUGGAUAUAACUGAAGAAGAAAUUACAAGGCUUUAUCGAGUUCAAAAAACAGUGAUGCAUAUGCUGAAAGAUCUGGACUACAUAGUUCCAACAUUACAUUGACACGGCUUCAGAAGAAAUAUAGAGAGAACAUGAAAAGGGAUGACUUUACUAUCAAUAGAAGGAAGUGAGUUCACUACUCUGAUGAGAUUUGUGUUUUUCCCUGACGAACCAAAAUAGGGGUCAAGACGAUCAAGAAUUACAUCAAAUGCUUGGUUCAGGAUGAUACGGACAAAGCCAUCGUGUUUAUUCAACAAAAUCUGACUCGGUUUGCAAAGCGCUUCAUAAGUGAGAUGAGAUCAAAGUACUACUUGGAGGUUUUCCAGUCUAUUGGUUCAGGAGGCAGAAUUGUUGGUGAAUAUUAAAGAGCAUGUUCUAGUUCCUGAGCAUCGGUUUCUUACAAAUGAGGAAAAGAAGACUUGCUGGAGAGGUACACUGUGAAAGAAACACAGCUUCCUCUUAUUCAGCUGAUUGAUCCAAUGGCAAGAUAUUACGGGCUUAAGCAUGGACAAGUUGUGAAGAUAAUCCGGCCAAGUGAGACUGCAGGGCGAUAUGUCACCUACUGUUACGUUAUCCAAGUACAGCAGAA